GCGACGCAUUUUCGAUGUCGCGGCCACAAUUCUUUGGCUUCGACACGCAUCUUCCAGUGGAGGAUUGGGGAAACGGAUACAUCGGCGGUACGCCGGAUGAUUUGGAGUACGACGCUUUGAACGACUCGGGGGAUUUGGUCCGGUUUGAGCAGAGGAAGGCGAGGUUGCAGCUGGAUCUGAGCGUGUGGAUGAUGCCAAGCAUGCCGAGAAAGCCGAGGCUGCAGCAUCUGGUGCCACGUCCGGCGAUGCAGCAGCUUCAUUCGCAGAGUUCGUUGAUGGCGACGAUGCAACAGCAGCAGCAACAGCACCAUCAGAGGAUAGGCGGGGGGACAAAUGGUUCGAUCUGAAUACGAACAAACAGACGGCGCAGCAUUCGAUGCCCCGCCGCCGGAAGUUCCCAACAGUUUCCCCAAUUUCUUCAUCUAGGGAUGGGAGAGCUACUCGAAUUCUAACCAGCAGCACAGGAGGAUCAGCAAAAUCAUCCACUGUUAUCAUUAUCGGCAGCAGGGUCAGAAUCGAAA